AUGGGCCAUGGAUACAAUCAAAAUCAAUCAACCCCAAAUGCACAGUCACAAACUCAUAACUGAAAUACUAUGAAAAUGAUAGGCGCGCAACAUACCUUUCAAUCGCGCACGGUCAGUUCCCUGUGCCGGAUUUGCAUGACACAAUCUUCCGACGACAACACACCGACGCCGGCGGACCAGUUCGCGCCACUUCAGUCCGUCUUCCGACGCCGGCUUCUCACGGGCGUCGGCGCCGCUUCGCUACUCGCUGUCGGCGCGAAUUUCGGCGGAGUGACGAGCUUCCUCUUGGGGUUCACGCCCGAUGCUGCUCGGAGCCUUAAGCUCGACGCUCUCUACCCCGUCCGCGGCUACAGCCGAUACAUAGACACUGAUGAAGGAUUCGAAUUUGUGUACCCGGAGAGGUGGUUGGGGGAUCAGAGGUUACUGUAUAGAGCAGCCGAGAAGGCGGAAAGGUCGCUGGAUCCUCCUCCAUUGAGCGGAAGCGGGGGAGGGCCGCGGAGGAAUGUGACUGAGCCAAUGGUGGCGUUUGGGCCACCGGGGUCAACUGGAGAGCUCAAUGUCAGCGUUUUUGCGUCGCGUAUUCCAAAUGAUUUCUCGAUUGAUGCAUUUGGAGGAGCAAGCGACGUUGGAGAGGCAUUCAUCCGAACCAUCACAAGAUCGGGCAAAGUGCAGGCAAGAUUGAUCGGAACCAGAUUGAGAGAGGAUUCAGAGAGAAAAAACAAGUAUUAUGAGCUUGAGUUCCAAGUUGAGAGCCCCACUUUCCGGCGCCAUAAUGUUGCCGUUUGUUGCGCUCGGAAUGGGAAAUUGUUUACAUUGAACGCGCAGUCGCCGGAAUCUGCUUGGCCUCAAUUUCAAUCACAGCUUCAUGCAAUUGCUGCUUCUUUUACUUUCUACUCUUAGACUGCUUUUUUCGAGUUAUUUCCUGUGUUUCUGAGGAUCAAAUAUAUAUCUUUUUUUCGUGUUAUCAUACAA